GCCGGCCGGAAGGGACCGUCGAGAUGGACUGGGAACCGGACGCAGUGCUGGCAGCGGUGCGCGGCCUGCCAGAGGCGGCGCAGCUGGCGGAGGAGCUGGCGGCCAUGCGCACCGACCAGGACAGGGUCGCCCGCGUGCUCAGGCUGCCCUGCCUCGCCGACCUCCAGUGGGAGCACCAGCAACCCGCAGAUACUGACGAGCAACCAGAAAAUGAUGGCGACAGUCACGCACAUAUCGACGACAUCUCUCAUAUGCAGGCGCAGCUGCUGGGUGGGCGCCACGCCGAGGUGCCCUGCAUGUCGGCGGCUCUGCUGGUGCGUCGGGACCCGCAGCGUGGUCUGCACCUGGUCGCCGCGCAGGAUAUCCCAGCAGGCAGUGUGCUGCUGGUGGAGGAGGCGUUCGCGUGGUCCCUGACGGCCGAGGCGCUGGCCGACCACUGCACACACUGCGCAACGCCUCUGCGAGCCCGCGUGCUGCCCUGCCCCACAUGCCAACAGGCGCUGUUCUGCAGCGCGUGGUGCCGUCGCCAGGCGCUCGACGCCUAUCACCGCCGCGAGUGCGUCCUGGGGCUGCGCAGCUUCCUAGAGUCGCCGCUGCUCGGCUGUGCGGCGCUGCUGGCGCUGCGGACCGUGUUCGCCGAAGACCGGGCCUGCGACACGGACUAUAGCGUGAGGCGGGUGCGCGACCAGGUGACGCACGCAGAGCAGCGCACGCCGAAUGACUUUCUGAGGCGGGCCGUGGCGGCCGCCUGCGUGGGUCGGCGCCUGCUGCCGGCGCCGGAGCAGCGUGCUGAGGCAGAGCAGCUGGCCGGCCGCCUGCUGGCGCGCAUGCAGGCCUGCUCCUGCAACGCCUACCAGCUCUCCGAGCAGCUGCUCGCCUCGCCUCACGACAAGGAGGGCGAGCCAGUGGAGCUGGGCGGCGCCGUGUACCCUGCGGUGAGCCUGCUCAACCACGCCUGCUGGCCCAACGUGUCGCGACACACGGCGGGCCGCGCGUGCGUAGUGCGUGCGUCGCGGCCCGUGGCGCGCGGCGCCGAGCUGCUCGACAACUACGGGCCCAGCUUCCUGGCAGAGGACCGCGACGAGCGCCUGCAGCAGCUGCGCGCGCAGUACUUCUUCACCUGCACCUGCACGCCCUGCGAGCAGGACUGGCCGCUCGUGCAUCAGCUGCCGCCCACGCGUUACAAAUGUCCGCAGUGCAAGAAGCCGAUAGAAAGCAACCUGACUGCAGUUCGCCGCUGUCCGCACUGUAAGAAGAAAGUCGACUUCAAGAAAACAGCAUGUAAGAUAGCCGAGUUCUCACAGUCGUACAGGGAAGCUGUCGCUAAACUUUUGGAAGGAAAGUUCGAUAUAGCUAUACAGCUGUGCGCUAAGAACAUGCAUUUCUUGGAUCCCAUCGUCAUUCACCCAUCCAUAGACUUUUUAAAAUGUCAACAGGUACUGAAUCAGUGCUGGAGUCUUACUGGCAACACCAACGUCAUACAAGAUAAAGUUCUUUAACAUGAAAAGAUAAUGCUCGUAGGAACUGUAAAGCUACUAAUUUUUGCUGUACUGUGUGUGUGUGUGUGUGUGUGUGUGUGUGCGUGUGUGUGUAUGGUUUUUUUAAGGAUGAUAUAAUUUAAUGCCUUAUUAAUCUAAAUGGUUGAUAUCCACAUGUGAACUACCAGUCGAGCCAAAAGUAACAGAAAAAGAAUCAAUGAUUGUGAGUGUCGUUAGUAGUGUGAUUCAGUCCCCCAGCAAAUGCGCAGUGAAUAUUAAAUAAUUUUUUUAAUAAUGCCAGAUUCCUGCCAGAAUAUAAUGAAAUCCAGCAGCUCUGACAAGAGAACCGCGCCUACUCUACAAGGAUCGGGCAAGUCAUGAGCCAUUUAUGUUAGCGUACCAUCCAGAUAGCGAUAAGAGUGCUGAACGGCAAUCUGAGCAUCGUGGAUUCGAGUCCCUAUGUGGAAAUUUUUUCUUAUUUGUUUUCAGUUUUACAUUAUUUACAUUGUGUAUAAUCCGAAAUAAUGAUCAAUAUGUUAUAUUUAUUAAUAUUUUGAUAAAAGGAAUGAAAUUAAAGGCAAUGGAAAAUUUGGGACUCCAAAUUAAUUUCCACGAAAGGGUCGUACUUACAGCGUCCUCGAGGACUAUGCAGUUACUUUUCCAAGAAGGGAUUGGAAUACUAUCAUGCAGGACUUUGUUACGCAUGGUCUGCUGCUAAAAUGUCCGAUGAGAGAGAACCUUUUAUGUGUGUAAACCACGUUUUUCUAGAGAAACUUUAAAACAACCAUGUGAUGGUGAAAAUACAGCGUUUAUAACGUGUACAAGAUGCCGCGAAAAUUAGUGCCUUCUCUGUUUUUACGACGAGUGUCUCUCCAGCGCAUGUAAACCAUCAACUUUAAAAUAAUCAAAGAAUCUAAUUUCUUUUUCUAAGUUCUUAUUUUCGUCUUACAAUCUCGCCCUGGAAAUUUAUUUGCAAUCGCAGGUUGACCUUUGCCAUUCCUUUUCGUGCCUUUUAUGAAAAUAUUAAUAAAUACAAUAUACUGAGCAUUCUAUGGUUUAUUUUCAGUGAAAGUAACAGAAAAACUGAAAAUAAAAAAUAAAAAAGCUUUCGCUUAUGGACCGUGCCGUGCGACUCUCGGAUUACCGUUCUGUACUUAUUCCGCUGCGCCAACCGUCGCCUGGAUGCUACACUAACAUAAAUAGCACGAGUCGCCCGAUCCGCGCCAAAAAUGCUAUUUCUUCUAAACUCUCGGCUGUCUGGAGCCGCCACUUCCAUCACUUUCAUUUCUGGUCAAGCACUACAUAUCCCAUAAAUUUGGACGAAAUCGGUGACAACGAGUAGACGCGGUCCCCUAGUGAGAAUGUUAUAGCGCUGUCUUUCGGCCAAAAAGUGACUACUGGGGCAACUGUUUUUGCAUUGUUGAUAUAAUGCUUGCUUUCCUGUGAGGGAGCAAACCAAAUUAUAAAAAAAAGCACACUACUGGCAAUAUUUUCGAGUUAAAGAUUUUUCACUUUCUCUGCUACUUUUGAUGCACUGGGCUGGUAUAUGUAAUAUGCAGUAACAAUAGUAAAACACACUUCUGCGUUCGUUAUACUGUAAAGGACAAUAAAUUUUUAAUCUCUGUUAA